CUGACGCCCCGAGAAGGUCGGACGCAUGCGCAGUGCUCGGAUUUUGCUUGGCUACCCGGAGUUAAGCGGCCGGGUUGGGCGAUUAACAGGCCGUGGCUAGGCAGGACGGAGAGGGGGCGUUCGCUCGUCUGGAACUUUUCAUGCCUCGUUUUUUUUUCAGAUGUGGCUUGGUCUGGACGCAAGGUCCCAGCAGCCAGCUUAAGCUUACUCUUCUGUGAAAGGGGAAAGUAUCCUCUGUGGAAAGCGGUUAAACUUGUGGAGGGGGUGCGAGACGUGAGUUCUCCCCCAUGCCAGUCGAAUGGUGUGGCCUUGAGCUGGUCCAGGAGCCGGCUCGACGUGUCUGAGGGAGGCCCCGGAGGGGGCGGGGAGGUGGCCCACAGAACGCGGGUUCUGUAAAGAGACGUUGGGAAGAUUCGAUUCCGGGAAGAGGAAGAGCCGGAUUGAAAGCCAGGCCGCUGAGGGGGAGGGGGCUGCCAAGAUGGCGUCGGCCUCCUCCGGGCCGUCGUCUUCGGUCGGUUUUUCAUCCUUUGAUCCCGCGGUCCCUUCCUGUACCUCGUCCUCAGCAUCUGGAGUCAAGAGACCCAUGGCAUCUGAGGUCUUGGAAGCUAGACAGGAUUCUAACAUCUCAUCGGUGCCUUAUGCCUCUGGCAUGCCCAUCAAGAAAAUAGGCCAUAGAAGUGUUGAUUCCUCAGGAGAGACAACAUAUAAAAAGACAACCUCAUCAGCCUUGAAAGGUGCCAUCCAGUUAGGCAUUACCCACACUGUGGGGAGCCUGAGUACCAAACCAGAGCGUGAUGUCCUCAUGCAAGAUUUCUACGUGGUGGAGAGUAUCUUCUUUCCCAGUGAAGGGAGCAACCUGACCCCUGCUCAUCACUACAAUGACUUCCGUUUCAAGACCUAUGCACCUGUUGCCUUCCGCUACUUCCGGGAGCUAUUUGGUAUCCGACCCGAUGAUUACUUGUAUUCCCUCUGCAGUGAGCCGCUGAUUGAACUCUGUAGCUCUGGAGCUAGUGGUUCCCUGUUCUAUGUGUCCAGCGACGAUGAGUUCAUUAUUAAGACAGUCCAACAUAAAGAGGCGGAAUUUCUGCAGAAGCUGCUUCCAGGAUACUACAUGAACCUCAACCAGAACCCUCGGACUUUGCUGCCUAAAUUCUAUGGACUGUACUGUGUGCAGGCAGGUGGCAAGAACAUUCGGAUUGUGGUGAUGAACAAUCUUUUACCAAGAUCGGUAAAAAUGCAUAUCAAAUAUGACCUCAAAGGUUCAACCUACAAACGGCGGGCUUCCCAGAAAGAGCGAGAGAAACCUCUUCCCACAUUUAAAGACCUAGACUUCUUACAAGAUAUCCCUGAUGGUCUUUUUUUGGAUGCUGACAUGUACAACGCUCUCUGUAAGACCCUGCAACGUGACUGUUUGGUGCUGCAGAGCUUCAAGAUAAUGGAUUAUAGCCUCUUGAUGUCAAUCCAUAAUAUAGAUCAUGCACAACGAGAGCCCUUAAGCAGCGAAACACAAUACUCGGUUGAUACUCGAAGACCGGCCCCCCAAAAGGCUCUGUAUUCCACAGCCAUGGAAUCCAUCCAGGGAGAAGCUCGACGGGGUGGCACCAUGGAGACCGAUGACCAUAUGGGUGGCAUCCCUGCCCGGAAUAGUAAAGGGGAAAGGCUUCUGCUUUAUAUUGGCAUCAUUGACAUUCUACAGUCUUACAGGUUUGUUAAGAAGUUGGAGCACUCUUGGAAAGCCCUGGUACAUGAUGGAGACACUGUCUCAGUGCAUCGCCCAGGCUUCUACGCUGAACGGUUCCAGCGCUUCAUGUGCAACACAGUAUUUAAGAAGAUUCCCUUGAAGCCUUCUCCUUCCAAAAAGUUUCGGUCUGGCUCAUCUUUCUCUCGGCGAGCAGGCUCCAGUGGCAACUCCUGCAUUACUUACCAGCCGUCGGUCUCUGGGGAACACAAGGCACAAGUGACAACAAAGGCGGAAGUGGAGCCAGGCAUUCACCUUGGUCGUCCUGAUGUUUUACCUCAGACUCCACCUUUGGAGGAAAUCAGUGAGGGCUCGCCCAUUCCUGACCCCAGUUUUUCACCUCUAGUUGGAGAGACUUUGCAAAUGCUAACUACAAGUACAACCUUGGAAAAGCUUGAAGUUGCAGAGUCAGAGUUCACCCAAUAAGCACAAAGCCUCAGAAGACCUGGAACAAGAUUCUGCCAUCUCUGUGAUCCCAAGAUGUCAGCCCUUGCCCCAGCAAUGCUGAAUUUUCUUCUACUUGGUCAUCAAAAAAAGAGUGUAAUAGAAGCGAGGGGAGCUGCUCCUCCAUCUUCUUCCUGAAGAAGAACCUCCUCUCCUUCCCCUUCCUCAUGAAUGUGCAUUAGUGCCUCAGAAAGUUGAGGACCGCAGCAUCCCCUCCACUCCAGAGUUGGGUGGUACGGAUUUUCAACUGGCUAACCCUUGGCCUCCACAAUUGAAUUUUUUUCAGACCCCCAUUCUUCAUGCUGGAAAUGGGAUUGCUGGACUUGGCAGCUUUCUUUCCCCUCGUCUUUGACCAGGAACUGGACUCUUAAUUUCCUCAGGACAGACUAGCUGGCACAUUGUCCCCACCUUAGUUCUUUCUGUCUGAUCCCUGGAAGAAUACUCCUGUAAUCUCUGUAAAGGUUUUUGGGGGAUAAGGGUGUUUAACCACCCCCCAGCUUUCUUCUUUUUUUUUUUUUUUUUCCUGAGAAAAGGAAAAAGCGCACAGCACACUAUUUCAAGUCAUUUUCAGAUCAGAACUCCAGAAGUGUUGACAACAUGCCUAUUCGUAGGGUUCCCUCAGAAGAGCCAUGGUGUUUGUGAGGAGAAGAGUAGUGAUUGCUCCACCAGAAGCAGCUCCUCUUUAAACUCCUCCUCUCUUGAUGAAUUUCUUAAGGCUGAAAGAAUGAAGAGAGUGGGACAUGGGGUAAUCUUUAUCCCUUUUGUUAAAACAGGAGGCAGCCAUGGGCUGGGAGAUCAUAGUCCUUCCUAGGCAGAAUCCUGUUCACUGCCAGGCUAUAAUAAUUAUUACUAUUUUGCAAUUUGAAAUAUAUUCUGGUUGUUUUUCUAAAUGUGACGACUUACCAAAUGAAUUUUAGAUCAUUCUCCAAAGGAGAUUUUUUUGCUCUUCUCAUCUUUUCCAACAGUGUUCUCCUGUUUGUGGAGCUAAGGUAGAGGGGACACCUCUGUCUGUUUAACAGGCAGUCCAUAUCUAUGAGGCCAGCAAAUAUUUUCUUAAACUCAUGGGGAGACAGCAGAUUCUUGCCUUGGUGAGGUCAUUGCUGUGCCAUAUGUCCUACGCCCCUGUCUUCAUGCGGGGAAGUUGGAAAUGGGGGCUACAUAUGCCCUCUCCUCCCCGUCUACAAGAGUUGUGGUUUUCCAUCUGAUUCUUCCACUCUUGUCAGGAGAAGAAGGGGGCCUGGUAUCUCAGGCAGAUUGUUGAAUUCCUGUUCUAUCCCUUCUCUAUCCCACCCUGCCUUGAUAAUAUGUUAGCUCGUACCCCAAAUAACUGUCUAUAUUAGACACCCCCAGCCAGUUUCUGGCUGCCUGUCUUUGCUGCCAUGUUUUUUACAAGAAGGAAAGAAUUCUUGCUAUUUUUUUUCAUAAUUUACUAUUUAUGAUGUAUUUAAGUGUUUUAUUAAGGACAGAGUUCUGUUAGGGGUGGGAGGGAAUAUUUGAGGGAGGGCUGGGUCUUAGGGAAAGGAAUGGGGAAUCAACAUUUUUAUUAAGUGUUACUAUUUGCCUCUACUUUGUAUUGUUCAGAAAUGGCAAAUACAAUAUAAAAGUGAUAUAUGGUUUUAAUGUAAUAAACUUUAAUCAGUUACUUAGACGUCU